AUGUCCACUAGUCAGAACCUCCACUCUUUCGACCCCUUUGCUGAUGCAAGUAAGGGUGAUGACCUGCUUCCUUCUGGGACUGAGGAUUAUAUCCAUAUAAGAAUUGAACAGAGAAACUGCAGGAAGGCCUUCACAAGUGUCCAGGGGAUCGCUGUUGAUUACGAUAAAAAGAAACUAGUGAAGGCAUUCAAGAAGAUAUUUGCCUGCAAUGGCACUGUAAUUGAGCAUCCAGAAUAUGGAGAAGUAAUUCAGCUACAGGGUGACCAGCGCAAGAACAUAUGCCAGUUCCUCGUCGAGAUUGGACUGGCUAAGGACGACCAGAUGAAGGUUCAUGGGUUUUAAGUGCUUGUGGCUCACUGAAGCUUAAGUGAGGAUUUCCUUGAAAUGAGCAGAAAAAUUCCCUUCUGUCCCUUGUCACAAGUUUAAAAACCUCACAGCUUGUAUAACGUAACCAUUUGGGGUCCGCUGUUUAACUUGGACUAGUGUAACUCAUUCAUGUAAUAAACUGAA